CCUGCAUAGUGCUUAUCAGCUCAUGACAGUGGACAAGUGUAUGAAGUUUCAAUCCAUUCCCAGUAGUGGGUACUGAGAUACCAGCUUACAUAUAAGAAUUUAACCCAAAAACUCCUAAGCAGAGCUCCAGAUAAGCUGCGUAUUUGCGUAUUUACGCAAUUAAAAUUGCAGAAAACCCAAUUGAAUUCAUACAGUGUGCGUACUGAAACGCAAUUAAAAUUCCUAAUACCCAAUUCGUAAAAAAUAGCUUGCGUAUCGCAUUUUCCUUAUAACUAGAACGGGUACGAGACUUUAACGCUAGAUUUGACUGACUGGUUGUACAUUACUGCAGAACAGGUUGCAAUUAUCGGAAAAAUAACAGGACCAUUCAGUCGCCUGAUCGGUGUUAUUUGGACGCUUUGUAAACAAUUUUACGCCGAUAAAAUGUAAAGAGGUUGCAGGAAAAAACAUUGUUGCAGCACAAACAAACAAAUUAGUGGGAUAUUUUGCUGUUCAACAAUGACAGUUAUCUGUUUGUGACGAUGCAGUGUCACCAAUACUGGAUGACAUCUUUUGGGAGAAUGCACAUUGCGGUGACCACAUCGUUCGGGAUAUUGUGGAUGAACUGAUCUCAGACUGCAUUAAAAGUGAAAAAGAAAACAACAAGAAAAAUGGCACAGCCAGUGCCGGAGAAAAUCUCCUUUCCAGAUGAGGAAGAGAAUGUACUGAAAUACUGGAAAGAAAUUGAUGCCUUCAAAACUUCAAUGAAACUUUCUAAGGGAAGGCCAAGGUACACUUUCUAUGAUGGCCCUCCAUUUGCAACAGGGUUACCCCACUAUGGCCAUAUCUUAGCAGGAACUAUCAAAGAUGUUGUGACAAGAUGGGCACACCAGAGUGGGUUUCAUGUGGAGCGAAGGUUUGGUUGGGAUUGUCAUGGUCUGCCUGUUGAAUAUGAGAUUGACAAGACUCUUGGUAUUAAAGGACCAGAAGAUGUGGCUAAAAUGGGAAUAGAAGCUUAUAAUGCGGAGUGUCGCAAAAUUGUCAUGAGAUACUCUUCUGACUGGGAGCACAUUGUGACUCGACUCGGCAGAUGGAUUGAUUUUGAGAAGGACUAUAAGACAAUGUACCCCUGGUUCAUGGAGACAAUCUGGUGGGUGUUCAAGGAACUCUACAACAAGGGGCUGGUGUAUAAAGGUUUUAAAGUUAUGCCAUUUUCUACUGCAUGUAAUACACCCCUGUCAAACUUUGAGUCUGGCCAGAAUUACAAGGAUGUUGUAGAUCCUGCUGUUAUCAUCAGUUUUCCCUUGGAGGAGACCCCAGACAUCUCUAUGAUUGCUUGGACAACUACACCCUGGACGUUACCUAGCAACUUAUCACUGUGUGUCAAUCCAACCUUGGACUAUGUCAAGGUCAAAGACAAUAACACUGGAAAAGUUUACAUCAUGAUGGAAGCUAGGUUAGAAGCUCUGUUCAAACAUCCAGAGGAAUACACCGUCCUAGAAAAGUUUCCAGGAAAAGUGCUUGAGAAUAAGAAGUACAAACCACUUUUCCAGUACUUUACUUAUAUGCGAGAGAGGUCUGGAGCAUUUCGUAUUCUUUGCGACAGCUAUGUAACGGCAGAAAGUGGUACAGGAGUUGUACACCAGGCCCCUUAUUUUGGAGAGGAUGAUCAGCGGGUAUGUUUGAAGUAUGGAAUCAUUACCAAAGACAGUGAGAUGAUCUGUCCUGUAGACGCUAGUGGCAGGUUUACAGCGGAAGUUACAGAUUUUCAAGGACUUUAUAUCAAGGAUGCAGACAAGAAGAUCACAAAGAAGCUGAAAGAUGAAGGACGGCUUGUACACCAGAGUGAGACCAAACAUAGUUACCCAUUCUGUUGGCGGUCAGAGACGCCACUCAUCUACAAGGCUGUACCAAGCUGGUUUGUCCGGGUUGAACAUGCUAAAGAACAGCUGUUAAACAAUAACUCACAGACAUACUGGGUGCCAGACUUCGUGAAGGAAAAGCGGUUUGGUAACUGGUUACGAGAAGCCAGAGACUGGGCUAUAUCCCGUAACCGGUACUGGGGAACACCAAUUCCAUUGUGGGUCUCAGACGACAUGGAAGAAGUUGUGUGUGUGGGAUCGAUAGAGGAGCUCAAACAACUGACCGGUGUCAAAGAUAUUAAUGACCUGCAUAGAGAAGUGAUUGAUAAGUUAACUAUUCCAUCAAAACUGGGUAAAGGAAAGUUGAAACGUGUAUCGGAGGUGUUUGACUGUUGGUUUGAGAGUGGCAGUAUGCCCUACGCUCAGGUUCACUACCCAUUUGAACACAAGAAAGCCUUUGAUGAUUCGUUCCCAGCAGACUUCAUCGCUGAAGGCAUUGACCAGACUAGGGGAUGGUUUUACACAUUGCUUGUGUUGUCGACCUUGCUGUUUGGAAAACCACCUUUCAAGAACUUGGUGUGCAAUGGACUUGUCCUAGCCUCAGAUGGACAGAAGAUGAGCAAAAGAAAGAAGAAUUAUCCUGACCCUCUGGAGGUUGUUCACAAAUAUGGAGCUGAUGCACUCAGGUUGUAUCUGUGUAACUCCCCGGCUGUGAGAGCUGAUUUCCUCCGCUUCAAGGAAGAGGGUGUGAGAGAUAUUCUCAAAGAUGUUUUCCUACCCUGGUAUAAUGCCUACAGAUUUCUCAUGCAGAAUGUUGAAAGAUUGGAAAGGGAAGAGGGUGUGUCCCUAGAAUACCAUGAGGAGAAGUUGGGCAGCUCAGGCAAUUACAUGGACAGAUGGAUUCUAUCAUUCACACAAUCUCUCAUCAAAUAUGUCAGGCAAGAAAUGCAAGCAUACAGACUUUACACGGUAAUGCCAAGGCUGGUAAAGUUUGUGGACGAGUUGACCAACUGGUAUGUAAAGAUGAACCGUAAGCGACUGAAGGGAGACGGUGGGCCUGAUGAUUGUCUAGAUGCCCUCACCACGUUGUUUUCUGUACUCUUUUCAAUGUCCAAAGUCAUGGCCCCACUGAUACCGUAUAUCACAGAAUUGAUGUACCAAAACUUGAAGCAUCUGCUGGACCCUGCAGCAAUGAAGGGUCAGGACACUCGCAGCGUGCACUUCAUGAUGAUCCCCGAACCUAGGGAGGAUUUGAUUGAUACACAUAUUGAGUCAGCUGUUGCCAGUAUGCAGUCAGUCAUUGAACUGGGUCGUCUUGUCAGGGAAAGGAACACUUUACCGAUCAGGUAUCCCUUGAAGGAAGUAGUUGCUAUUGCUGGAGAUGGUGAUGUGCUGAGAGAUAUUCAGUCACUGCAGUCUUAUAUACUUGAGGAGCUGAAUGUUAAGAAACUCACAACUACAACAGACAAAGAGAAGUAUGGUGCCCGGCUGCAUGCAGAACCUGAUCAUAGAGUGUUGGGAGCCAAACUGAAACAACAGUUUAAAUCAGUAACUAAGGCCAUCCAGGAACUGACAGACAAACAGCUGAUGGAUUUUGAGAAGACUGGAGAGAUCGAGGUCCUUGGAAACAAGCUGGUGGAAGGAGAUCUAAGACUGAUGUACAAGUUUGAUGGAGCUAAGGGAUCACCAACAUACGAUGCACAUGCAUAUCCUCAUGUAUUAGUGCUAGUAGAAGUGACACCAGACCAGUCAAUGUUGGAUGAAGGUUUGGCAAGAGAUGUUGUCAACCGUAUCCAAAAAUUGAGGAAGGAGGCUGGCUUGAUGCCGACAGAUGACAUUACAGUGUACUAUGAUACCACCCCAGAGCUCGGCAAAAUUAUCACUAACUUCUCAGAUUUUAUUUUCUCAACCAUCAAACAACCUCUGGUACCUUACCCAGUACCACCCGGACAGAAAGUUCUGGUUGUAUCAGACCCCACGAAGAAGGACUACAAGGUGAAAAACAACAAAUUAGAGAUGGCUAUUGUUAAAAGGGGUGCUGAUGGUGCGGCCUCAUCAUCUACAGCUCCAGUUGUGGCGACACUGUCACCAGCUCCUGUGAAAAAUGGUGUGAAACCUGCGUGUAAAUUUGUAAAUGUCCAGUUAUGUGGUAUGAGCUGCCAUGAGGGCCGUGGAGGCUCCAACCAGGCCACAGUACUGCUGGAGAAUCCACAGGGUCAGUUUGUUUUGUCAGCUGACUCACUGAGAAAACAGGCACAGUCUGUGUUUGGUGUCAGGGGACGGAAAGUAAAAGUUUAUUCGGAUGCAAAUCUUCAAACAGUCCUGCCAUCAUCUGGAAACACUAGCAGUUUAAACAGAAAAACAUUGUAUGUGGUCCCCUGUACUGGUGAGGUUUGUGAUAAAACCACUGCCUGCAAUAUAACGUCUCCAGUCUGCCAUUUUGCCAAUGUGGAGUAUAAAGGUGCUGGUGGGAAGAGCUGCAAAGGGACACUACUCUUGGAGAAUCCCCGAGGAGACACUUGUACAAUGGCACAACUGCAGUCUCAGGUGCAGGUUUUGGCAGGACAAAAUGGCCGACAGGUGAAAUUGUACAGAAAACCUGGUCAGAAAGACGAAGUUACUACACAGAAUGUUAAAAACCUGCUUGAAUUACAUUCUGAAACCCUUUAUGCGGUGUGUCAAUGAUGACAUAAAAAGAAUAGACAUUAUAAUAAAAAGUUCCUAUUUAUUGUUUUAAGACCAGUGCUGUUACUAUAAAUAAACAAAAUAAAGUGUUUGUAACUUUA